GCGCGGGGCGCGCCAGCCAUGGGGCCUGGCCGGGCUGCAGGCAGGAAGAUGUCCAAGCCCCGCGCGGUGGAGGCGGCGGCGGCGGCGGCGGCGGUGGCAGCGACGGCCCCGGGCCCGGAGAUGGUGGAGCGCAGGGGCCCGGGGAGGCCCCGCACCGACGGGGAGAAUGUAUUUACCGGGCAAUCAAAGAUCUAUUCCUACAUGAGCCCGAACAAAUGCUCUGGAAUGCGUUCCCCCCUUCAGGAAGAGAACUCAGUUGCACAUCACGAAGUCAAAUGCCAGGGGAAACCCAUAGCCGGGAUCUGCAGGAAGCGGGAAGAGAAAAGAAACCCUGGGAACGCAGCACGGAGCACCGCGAAGGCCGAGGAACAGAAGAUCAAAGACGCCAGGAGGGGCCCCCUGGCACCUUUUCCAAACCAAAAAUCCCAAGCAGCAGAGCCUCCCAAAACUCCCACCUCGUCUUGUGAUUCUACCAGUGCAGCUGUCACCAAGCAAACUCUGAAAAAGCCCGUCAAGGGCAAGCAGGCCCCGAGGAAAAAAGCUCAAGGAAAAACCCAACAGAACCGCAAACUCACAGAUUUCUACCCUGUCCGAAGGAGCUCCAGGAAGAGCAAAGCUGAGCUGCAGUCUGAAGAAAGGAAAAGAAUAGACGAGUUGAUUGAAAGUGGGAAGGAGGAAGGAAUGAAGAUUGACCUCAUCGAUGGCAAAGGCAGGGGCGUGAUUGCCACCAAGCAGUUCUCCCGGGGCGAGUUCGUGGUGGAGUACCACGGGGACCUCAUCGAGAUCACCGAUGCCAAGAAGCGGGAGGCCCUGUAUGCACAGGACCCCUCCACGGGCUGCUACAUGUACUAUUUUCAGUAUCUGAGCAAAACCUACUGCGUGGAUGCAACUAGAGAGACGAAUCGCCUGGGAAGACUGAUCAACCACAGCAAAUGCGGGAACUGCCAGACCAAACUGCACGACAUCGACGGCGUGCCGCACCUCAUCCUCAUCGCGUCCCGCGACAUCGAGGCCGGGGAGGAGCUCCUCUACGACUAUGGGGACCGUAGCAAGGCUUCCCUCGAGGCCUACCCGUGGCUGAGGCAUUAACCGGCCCCCUGCAGCACCCCCCCUUCACUGGACAAAGUGCCCUCAAAGGGAAUGGAAUUUUUUUUUUUUACACACUUAAUCUUAGUGGAUUACUUCAGAUGUUUUUAAAAAGUAUAUUAAGAUGCCUUUUCACUGUAGUAUUUAAAUAUCUGUUACAGGUUUCCAAGGUGGGCUUGAACAGAUGGCCUUAUAUUACCAAAACUUUUAUAUUCUAGUUGUUUUUGUACCUUUUUUGCAUACAAGUCACAAGUUUGUGCUUCCGUGCAUGCAGUCAAAGACUCGGCACAGGUUUUAGAGGAAAGAGUCGGACGCGGACUGGGAGGCUGGGCGAUUCUCCUGCCUGGAGCUGAAGAGCCAGGGUGUCCCCCCCACAUCCCCCCCCCAGUGGCCGAGGACACGGGGUGUGAGGAGGACGCUGCCCCCUCGGCCUGGUCGGGACCCUCCAAGCUCUUGUUCCCCUCACGUCUCGACAGGCACACAUUUAAGCGUAUGGAUAUUUUUUAAUAAGGUUUCACGGUAAGCUAGUCUUCCCCUCUGCUUUUUCGAAAGCUUACUGGCCCCGUGGCCCGUGACCGCGGGUCAGGCCUUUAUUUACUCUUCCACAGGGCUGCCACUUUUCUCGGCACCACAGAGCAUCAGGGCGGGAAUCAAACCAGAGGCAGGCAGGGGAAAGCAUGGCUUACCCACCCCCGCCAGGGCAGGGUUUCCUGAAACUGGGUUAAUUCUUUAUAGAAAUGUGAACACUGAAUUUAUUUAAAAAAAAAUAAUAAAAAUCAAAAAACAAAAAAUCAAAUAAGAAAAAAAAAAACCACAGAAAACAACUUAAAUGUACAUAGGUCUUGAUGCGAGUGAAGUUGCUGUGCUUUUUUUUUUUCCUUCUUUUUUUCCCAUUUUCUUUUGUAGAAGAUAUUUGAGAUGGUACUCUAUUCUAAUAAUCAAAAAUAAAGUUUUGUAGCGGGACCAGAAAUUGCUUACCUGAUACCUCCCUCCUGAUUCUGCUGGGUUGAAGGUUGGAGACCUGCUGUCAAGGCCUUCUGUUUGUCAGACCCCCUGGUGUCCUUCCCGCCAACUGAAGCGUGAGCUUCCAGGCACUGAAGUGCGGGACCCUUUCCCCAGCCGCCACCAGAGCCAGCCUCAGGAAGGCACCCAAGUGCGCAGGGCAGUGGGCAGGGCCCGGUGUUCAGGAAUCAAGUAUAAGGCUAGAAAAUUUUCACCCUGACUGUGCUGUCCCUUCCCAAGGGGAGCUGGUCCUUACUCCCUGCUCACCCUCAGUCCGGGGGGCUGGGCUCUGGAACAGUCGCCUGGGAUCAGCCACCCCCUGGUCCCAGGUAUACGUGGAGACAGGUGCGAGAGCCUGUCCUCGUCCUUGGUCCCCCACCCCAGGCCUCACGACGGUGCUACCUAAGAAAGUCUUCCCCCAGCCCGUCCCCACACUUGCCUGGUCAGCGGUCAGCAAAUCAGAGGAGGAGCCAGCAGGAGUGUGUAAAUGUGAGAUGAAAUGUCUUGGAUGUACCUGCUUGUGGUUUAGCUUUGUAUUUAAAACAAAAGCAAAGGAAA